AUGGCGAAGAGCGGCGUGGCUGAAGGGGACGAGGCCAUGGCGGCGAAAUCCGCGGAGCUGAAGAAGGAGCUGCAGAAAUUAGCGAGGCUGAUCGCCGACGACGAGGAUUUCAGUCCGGCGGCGAUCGAUCGAGCUCAGAAGGUUCUGUUUGCUCUCAGGGAAUUAAAGUUGAAGAAAUCCGUUCGUAGUGAUUGUGGUGGGAUGGUCGGUGUGCCGGCGCCGGAGGAGUUCAAGUGCCCGCUUUCGAAGGAGCUAAUGAGGGAUCCCGUGAUAAUUGCGUCCGGUCAGACCUUUGAUCGCCCCUUCAUCCAGAAAUGGUUAGGCUCAGGAAACAGAACGUGCCCCAAAACCCAGCAAGUGCUUUCCCACACCAUCCUCACACCCAACCACUUAAUCCGAGACUUAGUUUCCCAAUGGUGUGAAAAUCACGGCUUCAAACUACCCGACCCGUUUGCCCCCAUAGAUGACGAAGCCCCAACCGAAGCCGACAAAACCCAUUUUCUCUCCCUACUCGAAAAAAUAUCCUCUCCGGCCCCACCCGACCGUAAGGAGGCCGCUAAAGAGCUCCGCUUACUAACCAAGAAAUCGCCCCCCUUCCGAGCCCUCUUUGGCGAGUCCCCCGACUCCAUUCCCAAACUUCUAUCACCGCUCCUCGGGCCCAACGCACGGGCCACGGGCCCCGCCCUUCGUGAGGACGUGGUCACGACCCUCCUUAACCUCUCGAUCCACGAUAGCAACAAGAAGCUCGUGGCCGAGAAUCCCGACGCCGUGCCCCUCCUUGUCGAGUCUUUGAAACCCGAGAACACGAUCGAGACGAGGGCAAAUUCGUCCGCGGCCCUUUUCACCCUCUCGGCCCUUGAUCCGAACAAGGUCUUGAUAGGCCGUUCGGGAGCGUUCGGGCCCUUGAUCGGGCUUUUGGACGAGGGGCACCCUUUGGCCGUGCGCGAUGUUGCCUCGGCUAUCUUUAAUUUGUGCAUUGUUCAUGAGAACAAGUCGAGGGCGGUUAAAUGUGGCGCGGUUCGUGUGAUUAUGAGAAAAAUUAUGGAUGGAGUGCAUGUGGACGAGUUACUGUCGAUUGUUGCCAUGUUGUCGACGAGCCAAAGGGCGAUUGAGGAAAUAGUUGAGCUCGGUGGGGUUUCUUGCCUGCUCGGGAUUAUUCAGGAGAGCUCGUGCGCACGCAAUAAGGAGAAUUGUGUUGCGAUUUUGUACGCUAUUUGUUAUGGUGAUCGAUCUCAAUUGAGGGAGAUUAGGGAAGAGGAGAAAAGGCGUGGCACAAUAUCUUGGCUUGCUCAAAACGGGACCUCACGGGCUCGGAGGAAGGCUAGUGGGAUUCUCGAGAGGAUGAAUAGGGUUUUCGACGUUACUCAUACGGCGUGA